ACGGGAACAAAAAGUUGGGAUUGUGCGCGCACCCGCAGGCGAGGCGUCGCCAUUUUUUUAAAGUGUCUGUAGCACGCGCGUUGAGGAGGAGUUACUGCGGGAGAGAGUUGUGGAAGUAGAGGGGGGUUGUUAAGAGAGUCAAUUAGUUCGUCGGUGAGCAGGGGCAAAGUAAAAUUAUCAUUUUGCAGGACUAGCAAUCAAGAUUGAAAGACACCCACUCCUUUCAAAUGGCAUCAUUUCUUGAUCCGUUCACCAACAGUAGCCACAGACCCUACGAAGUCUCUCCAAGUCAAAUGCAAGCAUGGAAAUAUGCUGGAUAAUAAUGACUCGCCAUCCUUUUUGUUGCCACCUUGGAAGAUGAUGUCAGAAACUUAAUGUUUGAGUUGAAAACCCAGAAGAAUACUUCAUCUCUGCAAGUGGAGGAUUAGAACUCAAAGUCUACACCACUAUAUUCCAGAAAAGUGAAAUCAGCCUGUAUAAAUGAUCCAUCAAGGCCGCACAGUGUGAACAACUUGUGCACAAAGUGACUAUCCAAAUGUUGGUGUUAUGUUGAAAUUCCCAGAUAAUAUGAAAUAUUGCCAGUAAACGUGGAUGCCAUUUAUGUGGAAAAUUCUUUAGUUGAAGAGAAAAUUCAACAUGGCUUUAGCUGGCUGUCCAGAUUCCUUUCUUCACCAUCCCUACUAUCAGGAUAAUGUUGACCGGACAUCUCAUAGGCCAAGAGAAGGAAUUGGACCUGGUUUCCAAGCUUCCUGUAGUCAUAACUCCCCGAACCACCAGGAAGAUGAUGUAGACCUGGAGGCUUUGGUGAAUGAUAUGAACUCUUCAUUUGACAGUUUAUAUUCUAUAUGCUGUACCCAGUCAGAAACCGUUGCGCUUAUCCAAAAUGGUCAGCUUGCCUGUAGUCAGUUGGCGAGUUCAGAAACAAAGUCACCACAACCAAUAUCACCACGGCAGAAGCUGCGACGUUCUCAGCCAAUGCACAUUCUGACAGUCAGAAGACUUCAAGAAGAUGAUCAAUUCCGUACAUCAUCUUUGCCCGCCAUUCCAAACCCUUUUCCAGAACUGUGCAGCCCUGCCAGCUCACCAGUGUUGACUCCUGGUUCAAUGCCUCAGGAUCCACCUCCCCAUAAAAAUAUCAUUAAAGUUUUUAGUGAAGAUGGAACAAGUAAGGCAAUUGAACUUCCAUCUGACAUGACUGCCAGAGAUGUCUGCCAGCUGUUGAUAUACAGAUGUCAUUGUGUUGAUGACAAUAAUUGGUCAUUAAUUGAACAUCACCCACAUCUAGGUUUGGAAAGAUGUUUGGAAGACCAUGAACUAGUAGUACAAGUACAAUCCACAUGGAUAAUGGGAAAUGAAAGUAAAUUUUUAUUCAGAAAGAACUAUGCCAAAUAUGAAUUCUUUAAACAUCCAGCAAGCUUCUUUCCAGAGCAAAUGGUGGUUUGCUGCCAGGGAUUAAAUGGAAGCAGCCCACAUUCACAGAUCUUGCAGAACUUCCUGAAUUCUAACAGUUGCCCAGAAAUUCAAGGAUCUUUGCAUGUCAGGGAAGUGGGAAGAAAGUCCUGGAAGAAACUGUCUGUGUUUUUGCGACGGUCAGGACUUUACUUUUCUUCAAAAGGAGCUUCAAAGGAACCAAGACAUCUUCAGCUCUUAGCUGACAUUGAAGACAACAAUGUGUUUUCUUUGGUGGCUGGCAAAAAAGCAUACAGUGCACCAACUGACUAUGGCUUUUGUAUAAAGCCCAUAAAAAUGAGGAAUGAAACAAAGGACCUUCGAUUAUUCUGUGCAGAAGAUGAACAGAGCAGAACAUGCUGGAUGACAGCCUUCCGACUACUCAAGUAUGGCGUCCUAUUAUACCAGAACUAUCGGAUUCCUCAACAAAGAAAAACAUUACUGUCCCAUUUCUCUACACCCGUGAGAAGCAUAUCUGAAAAUUCCUUGGUAGCUAUGGACUUCUCUGGACACACGGGUCGGGUCAUUGAUAAUCCUGCAGAGGCCCAAAAUGCAGCCAUGGAAGAAGGUCAUACAUGGAGGAAACGCAGUCAACGGAUGAACACUUUGGGUAGCUCGAGUCCGUUACAUCCCCCAACACUCGGUCACACUAUUCACAGAACUCAGCCAUGGUUUCACGGCCGCAUCUCUCGAAAAGAAGCUCAUAGUAUGAUUGAGAAACAGGGACCCGUGGAUGGGUUGUUUCUUUUGAGAGAUAGUCAGAGUAACCCAAAGACAUUUGUGCUAACGUUAUACUGUCAACAGAAGAUCAGGCAUUUCCAGAUACUACCAUGUGAAGAUAAUGGACAGCUUGUCUUCAGUCUUGAUGAUGGAAAUACCAGAUUUACUGAUCUUAUCCAACUUGUUGAAUUUUAUCAAUUGAACCGAGGAAUCCUUCCGUGCAAAUUAAAGCAUUACUGUUCCCAGAUUUCCUUAUAACCGUUGAUUGUAUUUGAAUUAAUUAUAACAGACUUGAAUUGCUACCUGUUUCUCUACAUCAACUCUGGAGUCUUUUUGGAGAAACUGAAUUGCGUUCAUUUGAAAGAACUGUGAAAUUCAAUAAAAGCAUAAAUUGAGACUAUGCUUUUUGUUCACACAAUAUGUGGUAAUGCAGAAGAAGAGAUGGGCUGAGCAAUUAAGUAUUUGGAAGUUUCAAUAGUCGCUUUGUAGAAACUGAAAAUGAUCUUCAAGAUGAACAGCAAAACAUGACCGAUCCAUUUUUGUUACAGUAAAACUUGACUAUAAGCACCUGCUCUGGAGUAAUCUUGAUAAUGCAUUUUAAUUGAAGAGAAGUGACUUUGUAUUUUUUUAAAAUGAGCAACUCAUGCUCAUUAAAAAAGACACAAUAGACGUCGUAUUGCUGAAGAGAUGUUUCAUUUCCUGCAGCACUUAAUGUUUUGUUUACUUCCUGAAUGCAGCUUUCUAAGAAAUGUUCAGUUGUAGACAUCAUGAAAGAAUAGGAGAAAUCAUAAUGACUACUGCUCUUGAAAGUUAAAAUAGCUCUCAUCAAAUAACAGGUCAAUCAAGAAUACAGAUCCAACCAAUUUUACUGCUGUGCAAUAAUGCAUUUCAAUCCAGUUUUGAAAUAAUAGUGCAUUGAAAUUAAAUCUAUUUCAAGUACUUUCUGGAGAUAACCGAAAGGCUGAAACAUAUCCAUAUUUCACAAUGAUGGAUUUGCACACCAGAAGAGUGGAAUUGGGAAAUGAUGGUUGCUGUUUGGUUGUCUAUUAUGCACCCUUCAUUGAUGUCAGUAGAGUUGGAAAUCAGGUGGGGUGUAAAAUGGGUGACUGGCAAUAUUCAGUUACCCAAAAUGAAAAUUAUCUACAACACUCUUGUUUUGAUCCACAUCUUUGAUAAAUGUUCAGUUUUAAUUUUGACUCUGGAGAACUUGCUCUUCAGUUCUAAAUACCCUUCUGCUCUUAAGGUUUUAUUGUUUAACGAUGUAUGGAGUUAUUGUGGAACAAGUGUUUUAUGUGCUAGAGAAUUGUCUAGCCCUGGUAAUCAAAACAUACAUAUUGUACAGAUCAGUGACCUUUUAUUAGCCCACAGCAAUAAAUAUUACUGUAUUUAGAUUGCACAGGAGCAGUAUAAAACAAAUGUUUUCAAAAUGUACUAAGCCUGUUCUUAAAUAGGUAUCUUAUAUUUUUGCGAAAUCAAGCAUUUCAGAUGAUAGUGUUGUAAAACUACCAAAAUUGGUGUUCAAAUGCAAUUAUAAUGGAACAACUAUUGAGUCAGCCGCAUUUUAAUGUGUAGAAGUAGAGCAUUGUAGUUUACACAUUGCAGUUUCAGUUCGUAUUUGUCAUUCAUUUUCAAAACACAUUGCCUUAUUGAAAGUGAGGCUUCAUUUGAGUUUAAGGGCAUUGUACAUUUGCCCUUACUAGAAGUAAAGGAAUUUACCUUUUUUUCCAGCUUGGUUUAUUUGUCUCAAAGUGCCCCUUUCAAAGAAAACGUUGUUUAAUGUAAUGCCACACAAUAACAUACAUGCAUGUUUCUGUAGUAAGUUGCAUAAACUGCUUCACACAACCAAUGCUGGCCUGAAAGGCAUUUAAAUUUAAUAAAAUAUCACUGGUUCCAAAAAUGAUCUUUAAAAAUAUUGAGCAUUUUUGAAACUGGGUUGCAAAUACUUUUAUCUGUAAACAGUUAGCCAGAAUUUUUCAAUCAGUAUUGCAUCAUUCUGCAUAUUUAUGAAUAUAAAUUAUAUUUAAAUUUAGAGGCAGAAAAAGUGUUUAGGAUGCCUUAUGAUAAAGUAUGUUGUCUGACGGUUUUGAACACUCAAUAGUUAUUCAUCAGUUAGCUUUAACCAUUAGUUCAGCAGAUAAUAUGCAUACACUAUUCAUUAUAUUCUUAUUAUCAGCUUGGUCGAGUUCCUCUACUGAAAUUCUGGCAGACUUUUCGAUUUGCCUGGGCCCAACAGGUUCAGCUGGCUGUCAAUACAAGCCAAUGAUAUUUUAUUUUUGUAUUGUGAUAUGAAUGUACAGCAAAAGGGGACUCUCAGGGUUGAUGAAGCCUGUUAAUUUUUUUUUUUCUUGACCUUGUGAAAAAAUUUAUGAAGUAGCGUAUCAUCUUUGGCUUAAGCAGAAUGUACCAAACAUAUUUGGUUUAUUAACAACUGUGUUGAUUUGUGCAUCUGUAUUUAACAGCAAGCUAAUUCACUCAUCAAACUAAAAAUAGAUAAUGCACUUCAGUUUUUAUGGGUCUGCUCCUCCACUGCAUGAAGAUUUAACCAACCAUCUGACCAAUCAAUGCACCUUUUUCAGUGAUAGGAUUUGCUUAUCACAAAUUAAAUUUGACACAAUGCAAAAACUGAUGGCUGUGAAAUGAAUACAGCAAACCUUUUUUUUCAGGGAAUGCUUGAAGUUAUUAACAUUUUAAAUGAAAAUCUGCAUUCAUAACAUGCUUUGCUUCGUCAUGUUAAUAGCAGUAAGGCUUGUGAACUUAACUGUAACUGUUCAGGUAUUUUUGUAUAAAUAAGGGACGAUAUAUUCUGUUUAUUGUAAUUAGAAAUAAACAUUAAUGCAAGCUUA